AGACUCCAAUUCUAUCACAGCGCCAAGGAAAAAGACAAGCAAAGGUGACGACUCCUCUCCUCCCUCCUAUCUCAAACUUUUAGAGUUUGCGGCUUUCGAGGCCAAUUGCUUGGCACUCAUUUCGGUACUUUCUCUCUAUCUCUCUACUUGAACUCAGAUAUAUCUUUCACUGAUUCUUGUUCGGUGCUUCAGGUUCAGCAUAAAAGAUGAGUACAUUGGAUGCAACUAGAGCAGAACUUGCUCUUGUAGUUCUGUACCUGAAUAAGGCUGAAGCCAGGGACAAGAUAUGCAGGGCCAUACAAUAUGGUUCAAAGUUCUUGAGUAAUGGACAACCUGGCACGGCGCAAAAUGUCGACAAAUCAACUAGCUUGGCUAGGAAAGUUUUCCGUCUUUUCAAGUUUGUCAAUGAUCUGCAUGCUCUUAUUAGUCCAACUCCUCAAGGAACUCCUCUUCCACUUGUUCUGCUUGGAAAGUCCAAAAAUGCGUUGCUGUCAACUUUUCUAUUUCUUGAUCAAAUUGUCUGGCUUGGCAGAUCAGGAAUCUAUAAGAACAAGGAACGUGCUGAGUUGAUUGGCCGGAUAUCUCUUUUCUGCUGGAUGGGAUCCUCAGUUUGCACCACUUUGUCGGAGCUUGGGGAGCUCGGAAGGCUUUCUGGAUCAAUGAAAAAGUUGGAGAAGGAUCUCAAGGGCAGUGAUAAACAUCAAAAUGAGCAGUACCGUGCUAAACUCAAAAAAUCAAAUGAGAGGACACUGUCUCUGAUUAAAGCAUCCAUAGAUAUAGUGGUAGCUGCAGGGUUGCUUCAGUUGUCCCCAAAGAAAAUUACCCCACGAGUUACUGGAGCCUUUGGAUUUACUAGCUCUCUCAUCUCUUGUUAUCAGUUGCUUCCAUCACCAGCAGCAAAGUCCAAGGCAGCCUAGAGAGCCAUUCUAUUAUCAUGAAAGCUUCUACGGUCUUAAUAAUUAUUUAGGCUUCUGAUACAAAAUCCAUGGCAAAGGAAAGCCUUUAAAUAAAGACUUGUGAAAUUAGGCUUUCGUUAUAUUCUGUUCCAUACAACUCUUGUUACAAGUAGCAAUAAUAUAUGUUGUUUCCGUGGUCAAUAGUAUUUAGAUGGAGGAAAAGUACUCGAUACUUGGGUAGUUACUAAUGGUAAAUGUAUGGGCAAAGUACUCGAUACUUGGGUAGUUUAUUCUAAUGGUAAAUGUAUGGGCAAAACCCAUUUCGAUUUGA